AUGAUAAGGGAAGCAAUUGAGGCGGUCGUGAGCGGCGAGUCUCUCUCCAUGGAAGCCGCCGCGCAGGUAAUGAACGAGAUUAUGAGCGGGGAAGCGACGCCGGCGCAGUUCGGCGCCUUCGUCACUGCACUUAGACUGAAGGGCGAAACCGUGGACGAAAUCGCAGGCAUGGCGCAAGUCAUGCGUGAGCAUUCGCUGCACGUCGAGGUUGACGGCAAUCUGGUCGAUACCUGCGGCACAGGCGGCGACGGCUCAGGCACGUUCAACAUUUCGACGGCAGCCGCAUUCGUUGCAACCGGAGCGGGCGCGAAGGUCGCCAAGCACGGCAACCGCGCGAUGUCUGGGUCGUCCGGCAGUGCCGAUGUGCUGGAGGCGCUGGGCGCGAAGAUUGACCUAAGUCCGGAGUCUGUGACUCGUUGCAUCAACGAAACGGGGUUCGGCUUCAUGUUCGCUCAGGGCUUCCACCCGUCAAUGCGCUUUGCGGCAGGGCCGAGGCGCGAAAUCGGCAUUCGCACAGUGUUCAAUAUAUUGGGUCCCCUUACGAACCCAGCGGGUGCGGGAGCACAGGUCAUAGGUGUUGCGGAGGCUUCCAUGGCUUCAAAGAUGGCACAGGUGCUUGGAAGGCUCGGCAGUAGGCGAGCCUUUGUCGUGCAUGGCAACGACGGACUGGACGAAAUAAGCAUCGCGGGUUCCACCCGCAUUUGGGAACUCGAAGACGGCGAGGUAAUCGGAUAUGAAAUAGAACCGGAGGAUGCCGGAGUAAGCACAGCUUCGCUUAGCGAAAUUCAGGCUUCAGACUCUGAAGAGAGCGCAAGAAUACUUCGUGCCGUGCUGGAAGGCGAGUCCGGCGCUGCGCGGGACAUUGUGGUGCUAAACGCUUCGGCGGCUCUUCUUGCCGGUGGGCUCGUUGACAGCCUUAAGGAAGGUGUGCAAGCAGCGGCAGCAUCCGUGGAUUCCGGCAAGGCGCUCCAGAGCCUUGAGGCGUUUACCAAGCUGAGCCAGAGCCUCGAAUAA